UCAAUAAUCCAAGUAGUAAUCGCCAUCCAAUCCGUCACUCCCCUCUAAACUUGAGGAAACCCGCAGGUUAAUUUUGGGAAGGCUGCUGGAAAGUUUUUAGCAACUCGGUGUUGUUGUUCAAUAAAAUAAUCUCUCUAAAAUGAAGGACAUGACUUCUGAAGCAACACAGGGAGGGAAGUCUUCGGCUUGAUCUGCAACACAAAAUGGACAGGACGCGCAGGUUCAUUUUAGGAAUAAUAACAGCUGUUGUCCUAUGCAAAUACUCCCAGGCUGAAUGGAAUACCACAAAGACACCAAGCGAUCACCAUGACAACAGCAACAACUGCACAGAUUCAAAUGAUGAGCACAAAUGGAGUGGGCAUUUUUCUACGUGUCCAACAGAAUACAAGCAUUACUGUAUCCAUGGUGUUUGCAGAUUUUUAAAGGAGCAGAACACUCCUUCAUGCAGAUGUGAAGCAGGAUAUAUUGGCUCUAGGUGUGACUAUCUUGAUCUUGAUUACCAUGUAGGAGAGCGAAGGAAAAUUAUCAUCGGAUGUGUGGUCGCAGGAUUGAUCUUUCUGAUUCUGCUCAUCAUCUUCAUAUGUGUCUGUACACACAAACGAUAUAAACCAUGUAGAAGAAAGAAGAGAAAAAAGCAAACAAGUGAUGAAAAUGAGAAGCUCGGUGCACUAAACACACGUGAAGCUUUAGCUGCUCCGUUUGACACAUCUGACACACAUGCUGUAUGAAUGAAACAGUGAAGUGAUCCUGCCAGUGACCUGAUUGUGGUGUGAAAAGAAGUUGUCCUGCCGAGUGAUGAAAUCAGUGCUUUACAGUAAUCCUGAGUGGACUUUAAAUGAACUUUGAAGAAAUGGUGUGUCAGGCAACCUUUGCCAUUC